AUGACGGAGUAUGGCGCUGAUACUUUGGCUGGAUUGCAUUUGUAUCCUGAAUACGUGUGGUCCGAAGAGUACCAAGUUGCAUUGAUGUCAGAACAUUUUAAAGCAUUUGACAAACUCCGACAAAGCGGAUUCUUUGCUGGUGAAUUCAUAUGGAAUUUCGCCGAUUUUAAGACUCCACAAAGUAUAACGCGGGUAGGGGGCAAUAAAAAGGGGAUAUUCACUAGAUCAAGACAACCUAAGGCAAGUGCACACCAUCUGCGAUCUCGAUACCAUUCCUUGGCGGCUGCAGAAUCUGGAGCCAACCCACCUGAUUUUAAUUACUAUGUCUUUGACCGUAUUAUGACGCACAACGAACUAUAA